AUGAAAUGGGUCCAGGAUAUCUCAUACCUGAUAAAGUCAUAUUUAUCUCAGCAUAUAUCAACCACUAAUCUACGGGUCGCUGCAUUUGCAGUGGCCCUAUUUUCCUGUCUUGUAUCAGGCUCGAUUUUACUAUUCACGCUAUUUGGCCCUUCUUUCCACAAUGUGCUUGGACUUUCGUACCUCGAGAUAAAUUGGAUUGCUUCAUUGUCUGCCGGCGGGAUGUACUUGUGUCUUCCAGCCUUGGGUUACUUGUCAGAUUGUUACGGACCUUCAAUAUUGUCAUUUUUAUCUGUUUGGUUCUUCGUGCCCAGCUAUGCAUUCAAUAGCUAUUUGGUAGGAAUCGGUUGUAAUAAAUUGGCGUUGUAUUGUGGUACAUUUUGCUUGAUUGGUUUAGCUACAUCAUCGCUAUAUUUCUCAAGCUUGUUGACUUGUGCAAAGAUUUUCCCCAAGCAUAAAGGAUUGGCAAUCUCGUUGCCAGUCACUUGUUAUGGAUUGAGUGCAUUGAUUGGAUCACAAUUACUCAAAUUGAAUUACUUUAGGUUGAUUUACAAACUGGAUGGAGAUAUUUUGGAUUUGGCCAAGGUUUUCCGUUUUUUUGCAUGGUUGUAUGCUAUUGUAGGGGUGUUGAGUUUUGUGUCCAGCUCUAUUGUUCUCGUGGAGCAAGAUGUGAUUUUUGAUCUAGAUGAGACUGCAGUUGAUGAUGCAACAACCCCGCUAUUACAAGACGACUUGACACCUCAAAGAUCAUCCAGAUCUGUUGAUCCCCCAAAUCAUAAAAAGAGGUUCAUACUUUUUUUGAGAGAUGUAUCGGCAUGGGUGCUUUUGAUCUCACUCAUAUUGAAUAUCGGUCCCAUGGAGAGCUAUCAAAAUAAUUUGAGUUCCAUUGUUGCUAUUUUGGAGCCGGUAGAUCUCAAAUCUAACCUUUCGGAUAAAGUCAGUGUCUUGGCAACGUCUUCAACCAUAGCUAGGUUAGUAUUCGGAGGGUUGACUGAUGUGUUGGAGAGCAAAGGAUAUAGUUCAAUCCCACUCUUGUUAACUUCGGUGUGUUGCGGUAUUGGUGGCCAAUGGCUCAACAAUGUGGUGCUCAACGGUAUAUCAUAUGGAGGAAUGUUUACCAUUUACCCAACCUUGGUGGCGUCAGUGUGGGGCAUUGAUAUUAUGGGCUCUACGUGGGGUUCAUUCAUGGUUGCGCCGGCCAUGGGAUCGAUUAUUUUCUCCCUCUUUUAUGGGAAAGUCGCCGAUGCCGGUCAAAAUGGGAAUGACGUUGGGAGGUUGCAAAUCUACUUUAAAGCUACUUCAUUUUCAUUGUUUGUGAGUUACGUUUUAAUUUUGUCGGCUUAUAGAAUAUGGCGCAAAAGAGGCCAAUCGUGUUAG